GCGUUUCCGAACCCCGACGCGAGACCCGUGCUAGUCGCUCACUCUGCGGGCGGUGGGGGAGGCACCUGCGGACGUUAGGGAGCGCGGGGGGCGGGAGGCCCGGGAUAAAGGGUUUUCUUUUAAAGCGCGUCUUUCUCUCGGGAAGAGAGCCGAGUUUCAUCUCUCACCUGCUAGGUCCUCGGUGCCCGCGGGAGAAGUCGGGCCCAUCUGGGCGAAUGACCUGUGAAUUAAUGGAUCAUUAUCAGGAAACAGAGGACAUAUCAGAUGACACAAUUAAGAUGUCUGAAGAGUCAGAAUAUCUUUUAAUGUAUGAAAAUGAAGAACAGAAUCUGCUGAAAGAGUUGGGAACAGGAGAAAGCCAAAAUAUAAUUGAAGGCCUGCGAGGGAAAGUAAAAGAAAAGCUGAAAAAUGCAAAGCAAGAAGUCUUACCAGAUGAAGGUCUUACAUUUUUUAUUAUGAGUGGUGAAGAAUGCUCCGAUUUCCAAGCUUUGAACCAAACUGUAGAACAGAGAUUUAAAAACGAUAGUUAUGAAAAACAUGCUGCAUUAAGUAAUUUACAAAACUUUAUGGAAAUGGAUGAUGAAAAAAUCAUGGAAGAAGUAAUUUUUCCAGAUUUACUUGAAAUAACAUCUUCUGAAUAUAAAGAUGAUCAAAUACGGAUUGAAAAAGAACAGGAAUGUAUUUUUAUACCAAGCAGCUCUCCAGUGAUCAACCGAGAUAAGCUGCCAAAAAACAUGACAGCACGUAUCUUAGAAGAUGAAGGAUUUUAUAUUAAAAAAAAACCAGAAACAUAUAAAAGGACUAGUAACAAAAUGGAAAAUCGCCUUCUUAUAUUGGAAGAGGGAAAAUGCUGGUUUGAAGAAAGUGGAGAAAUAAUUUCAUUACCUUCUCCAAUUAAGCAGUCAUGGAAUUUCAGAAAACUCAUUACUGUUGAAACCUUAAAUCCAGGACUAAAAACUAUUUAUAAGAAGGCAAUAAAAUCAGAUGUAGAAAGCUGUUCCAGAAACAAAAUAGAAGGCCAGAGCGAAAUGUUUCAACUAGAUCUCAACAUCUCGAUGUUACAGUUCAGCCAUCAUCCUCUUUUCAAUCAAGAACAAGUGCUAUGCUCUAGGCUGCUCCAACUUUAUGAAUGUUUUCAAAACAGAAAACAACAAAAUAUUCCUCAGUUGCUAUAUGAAAAACUUAAAGCACUAACAAAAGUCGCAAGCGAUAAUCAGAAAAUAAACCAGUUGACCAAAAAAUCUCUACAAGAUUAUACCUGGCAAAUACGUAAUACAAAGCAGCUCUAUGACUUGGAACAGAGAAAGGAUAUCUCUUUACUGCAUAAUAUGCUGAAGACAUGGAAACAAAUUAAGAUUCUCCGCCAACAGCAAGGAUUUACAAGUACACCUAUAAAGCUUCAUUUUCAAAGGUUAAAAAUAAAUAUAAUUGAUGAACAAGAACAAGAAGUACUAACAAGAGUAUCUGAUACAGAGGCAAAUUCCAAAGAAGACCCUAAGAAUGGGGAAAAUCAGGAGAACUUUUCACAUUUAACAUCAGAGUUUGAAGAAACAGAAUUUGCAAGAAUAAAGCAACCUACUUUAAUACCACAACUUUCUUUGACUGCAGAAGUAACAAAUUUGUACAAGUGUUCUAUGCAUGAACAAAGGAGGAGAGCCAGAGUUCAAAAGCUUAAAUAUUUUAUUAAAAUAUUUUACAAUGAUAAACAGGUUUCUUGCACUUCAGCAUCUCCUCUGCAGCUGGAUUUUAAAGUCUUAUUUCAGCAGAUAUUCAAUAUUCAACUAAUAAACUGGCCUGAAACUAUUCGCUUAGAGAUUUAUGAAAUAAGUAAAAGGACAAGCAUAUUGGCCAAAAUAUAUCUACCUAUACCCAGCAACACUGCACUGAAAAACAAAGCUGUUUUGGAACAGACAGAGUUUAGCUGUGAUAAACUAGUCGUGCCUGCAUAUGGAGAAGUAGGAAGCAAUGUGCCUUUUCUUCUUGACGUGACUGAAAAAGAAGAACUUUGCCUACUGACAUCAGGAAAACUAAGCUAUUCUUUAUCAUGGGCAUUAGAUGAAAAUGGCAUCCCUUUAACACCUAUGUCCCAGUCACUAAGUUCUGUCUGCCACAGUGUGUUAAAGAAUGUGGAUGCAAGAGGUGUUCCUGGAAUUUCAUGGCUUAUUAAUACUCAGAAGCUCUUUGAAUGGGCAAAUGAAGUCAGAAUUGAUCCAAAUGACCCAGACUACUCAGAUUUGAUGGAAUUCAUAAUGUAUACAAGACAUAAAGGGCAAGCUAUUCCAAAAUAUUUUCGUCUUGAACAGCUGCAAGAGGAAUUUAAUUUUGUUUCUGAAGAGGAAAUUAAAAAAAGCAAACGUUUCCAACUACUACAGCUUAGAAAUGCAGGCCAAUUAGAUGUCUUUGUUCUUCAGCAAAUGCCUCUCUAUGACAGAGAGAUACCAGAUUUAGUCUUCCAGGAAUAUGAAAGCCAGAUAGAGGAGGACAUAAAAAUUUCAGAUGAAAAUUCUAUUACUUCACAAAGGAUCCAUUCUAUCAACUUUAUGAAAAAGAUGAGGAAAUUGGUGAUGAAAAAAAUUGUCAAAGUUAACAAAUUUACCUUAUCAGAUGUUGUAACUGAUUAUGAAGAAAUUGUAUCUGCAAGCCAGCUGAAACACGCCAUUUGCAAGCUUGUAGAACGACGACGAAAUUUAAAGCCUCGAAGAAGGGAAAGGAAGAAAAUAGCAGCACAAACAAUUGGUGAUGGGGACAUUCACCUUCUGGUCAGAAUCAUGAGAGCUUAUAACAUCCCCUCCAGGAAGCCCACUGUGAGCCGGACCUUGGAUAUACCCACAUAUGUACUUUCUUCUAUAUCUCGGGUCAGACAUAAAGAAUCAAGCAAGUCAGUUGCCACAGUGGAGCUCAUAAAUGAGGAUGCCGUACGCCCUUUUGUAGAAGUUUCUUUUCAGCACACUGUUUAUCAAACUGAUACUGCCAAUGGAUCUCAUCCAUGUUGGAAUGAAGAAAUUACAAUAGAUUUUAAUUCACCAGGACAUGAUUACAGCUUCUCAAACUUAUCUAAAAUAAAAGACAAUAUAUAUGUCAACAUCUUUGAUGAAACUGUGAUUGAAAAACAUGAGGAUCAUUGUUUCAAGAGCUGCAGUGGUCAUUCAUAUAUAAGAAAAAAUUGGCUUGGAUCAGUUAUUUUCCCUUUCUCAGCUCUUCUGCAACAACCAAAGAUCAGUGGAACUUUUCAAGUAAAUAUUCCACCACUUUUGCUUGGAUACACUUGGAGUAAGACAUAUGUCUCACCUAAAGAAGAUUACAAAGGGCAGAAUUUAAAAGAAUGUACCUUUUUAAACAUUUUUGCUACUAUUGAGCCUCAAAUAUCAUCUGUCAUCAGUAAUACAGAAUCUGAUAAGUUUACAGAUGAACCAGAUAUAACGCUUUUGCAGAGAGCACAGAUUUUCAGAAAAAAUUGUGAGGCGAUGUUUCCAAACAGAAGAAUUAUUACAACCGUUUUCAAUGACGAAGGGACAAAUAUCUUAGUUACAAGAUAUAUCAGGGCACUAAAUCCACCUAAGCAACUACUGGAUUUGUUUCUCAGUGAUUCUAAUGCAACACUUGACAUCAUUGCUCGAUUUGUGUCUUUAAUUCCUUGCUUAUCGGAUACACUGAAUGAAAAUGACGGUUUUGAUAUUUGGAUGUCACCAGAGCGUUGCAUCAAUUUAACUAUUGGAAACAAAGAGGAACACGCAAUACUUUUGUGUAACUACUUCCUGUAUUUUGGAAAGAAAGCCUGGGUGUUAUUGGGAACAUCAACAUUAGAAGGGCAAGUGGCUUACGUACUAACUCAAGAAGUUGAUGAAUAUUUACUUUGGAAUCCACUGACUGGGCAAUCUCAUAAGCAGUUUGAUCCAUUUUGUCCCCUGCAAAGUGCUGACUGUUUGUUUGAUAAUGAAAAUGUCUGGUUUAACAUUCAGCAUAACAGUACACCAAUGUCUGUACAUUUUGACAAUUCAAGAGAAAGCUCCUGGAAACAACUGCUCCCCAAAAAUAUUCAAAUUCAGUGCAUGAAAUCAGAAACUGAAAAGCCUAAAGAGAUACUGUAUUUUGAUACUAACAAAAGUAUGGUGGAAGAUUUAAAAAACAGGAUUGAAAGAACCUUAAAAUAUAAAUUGAUAGAAUGGAGACCCAAGCAGUCUACUAGUUGGAAUCGACAAUGCACUGCUAUUUUGAGGCAAAUUCUUCCUAAACUAGAACUUGGAACCGGGAAUCUUGUUUCAACUAAAGAAGAAAGUGAAUUUGAAAGACUACUACAAUUUUAUUGGGUUUCAGGAUUUCCUAUCCAGCUGCCAUAUACUGAUUUACAGUCAAUAACCAAUGCUGUGUAUCAAACUGGUAUUCAUUCUUCUGAAUUUCCCCAGACAGAAUUUGCCCUAGCUGUUUACAUUCAUGCAUAUCCAAAUAACAUAUUAUCUAUUUGGAUUUAUUUGGCUUCCCUGAUACGUCAUCACUGAAAAGCAGCAAAUGAAAACACUGUCUAAAAUUCUUGCAUAUUCUCUAAAAGGGGACUUCCUAGGUUCCCCAAAGGAAGAAAAAAAAAGCUUCUCUGUUCUGAGCUUUGAUGCUCUAGGAGUGGUGCUGCUCUUUAAUUUGGGAAAUGUAUUUAGAGCCCAGUCAGUGACUCCCUCAAGUAAUCUUUCACAUUGUAUUCUUUGAGGAAGAAUAUAGGGGACAGCUUGAAAUACCCUUUGGAGUUUCUGAAAAGUCCUUUGGGGGGCAGGACAGUCCCUAGGGUAAUAAAAACUCUAUUUGAAGGUCAGGAGUUAUAAUUUUGGUAAAUAGAUAACUUAGAACUACUCUGGUGUAAGAAAGCCUUCACAUUAUUGAUGGGAGGUUUAUAUUGGGGCCAUUGGCUUACUGUACUGCUCUGAUGACAGAAGGGGCCAAUGGGACAAGGAUAAUCUUCCUAAAAAUAUAGAAACACAGGAGGAUUAAAUAUAAUUUAUCUUUCCAAUACAAAUGUUCAGUACUUAUUUAGUCUGUGGCAGGAGU